GCAGCAACUGUCAGAAAAACAGAAAAGGACACCAGACGGGAGUUGUGAUGGCUGUGGAAACAUGGGAUAGAGUGGCAGCUCGGUGAGAAAAAAUGUGUGGAGUCAAACGUCUCGCCUGGCUCGUGCCGUAACAUCAAGACGAAAAUCUUAAAUCUGAUUAACUUCUUUAAUAACACUGAUUUUCUUUGACUGAUACUGGAGUUGGAGGAGAGCUGGAGUUCCUCCUGCAACCUCUGGCCUGCACAUCUGUCUCUUUUUCUUUCUUACUCGCUGGAAGUGAUUAAAUCUCAGCACUUCAUCUUUUUCCACUCCACUGUCCUCUGACCUCUGACCUCCGCUUAUCGACAGUUCUCCUUCCUAAAACCCUCCCUCCAUCUCUCCACCCGAUCUCUUUUCAGAUUCCUCCCUGACCUUUGUUCCACUUCUCAAACAUCCCUAAUACCCUUUCGCCGCUUUCUCUCUUUUCUCCUUUCUACCAUCCUCCAUGAAUCAAUCUUAAUUAACAUAACAACCCUCCACACAGACCACGUCAUCAACUCACUGGACUUCAUCUUGACUUGUCAUUGUGGUGUCACGGAAAACCCCUCGCUCCUCUGAUCCUCAUCCUGAUUGGUCAACAGAACCUGUCCGGCUUCUGCAGCCAUUUUUGAACCAACCUCAAAGUCGAGCCGAAGCACACUCUUUGGUCAUAAUUCUGUCUCGUUUCUCACUGGGUUUCGUCGAGUCGAGAAGCAACAAUGCUGGAGAACAUGUCCAGACGUAACCGCUCCCUGCUGUCGCUUUCCCUCACCUCAUUGGCCCUCACCCUGUCCGUCUCUGCUUUCUGCACCUCCUAUUGGUGUGAGGGAACACACAAGGUGGUGAAGCCUCUCUGCCUGUCACCUGUCAAGCUGAAAAACUGCGGGCAGAACAACAGCCAGGCGUACACCACAGAGGCCCCCACACCGGACCCGAGGAACCCAGCCUCCAACGUGACACUCUCUCCGCUGCAGAAGGAGGAGCUGGCCAGGAUAAAGAGGAAGCAGAUGGCCAAUGCCGUCCAUUACAUCUGGGAGACGGGCGAGGACAAGUACAUGUUGCGCUACUUCCACACCGGCUUCUGGCUCUCAUGUGAGAAGCACAAUGAAGGUGAAGAUCAGGAAGAAAAGUGUCGCAGCUUCAUUGAGCUGACGCCAGGAGAGACACAAGGUGUCCUCUGGCUUUCAGUCAUCAGUGAGUUCAUGUACAUCGGCCUUCUGGCCAUGGGCUUCCUGCUGAUGUGUGUGGAAGUGAUUUGCCUCUGUGCCAAGAGGGAGAUGAACGCUCUCAAGAUCAAUGCCUUCGCCGCCAUGUGCACUGUCCUCUCAGGUAUGAUGGGGAUGGUAGCACACAUGAUGUACACCACAGUGUUUCAGAUGACUGUGAGCAUCGGGCCCAAAGACUGGAGGCCGCAGACCUGGGACUACGGAUGGUCUUUUGCCAUGGCUUGGCUGUCGUUCAGCUGUUGCAUGGCGGCCGCUGUGGCCACACUCAACUCAUACACCAAGACCCUCAUCGAGAUGAAGCACCGGGCCAGGGUGAGGAUGGAGGAGCUUCGUGCUGCCGCCCGCGCCCCCUCCUACGAGGAGGUCGUUCGAGCCGGCGGUGGAGGGGUUUACUCCGUCAGUCAGCUGAUUCAGCUCGGCCAGCAGGGGGCGCUCAUGGACCCUCUGUGGCCCAGAGGAGUGGGACCAGCUGUCGGACCUCUGGCGUGUGGCGCUGGGGGAGCGCUGCUUGUUGGUGGAGGAGGAAUUGGAGUUGGAGGGGUGGGAGCUGUUGGGAUGGGAAUGGGAGGAAUUGGAGUGGGAGGAAUGGGAGCAGUUGGAGGAGUUGGAGGAAUGGGAACAGUUGGAGGAGUUGGAGGAAUGGGAGCAGUUGGAGGAGUUGGCGUUGGAGGAAAUGGAGUUGGAAUGGGAGGGAAGGUUGGAGGAGUGGGAGGAAAUGCUGGAGGAGUGGGAGGAGCUGGAGUGGGAGGGGGAAGGCUGGUGGACCAUCACGGUAUGGUGGUAGUGGAGGGAUGCUGCGUUGAAGGAUGUGAAGACUGUGAACGAGAGAUGGACGAGAUAGAUUACGCUCUGCAGGAGGAGAGAGAGGACUCGCUCUGCUAAGACAUUGGGGGGCAGAGGACUGUGACAAACAUCUUGUCAGGAUUAGCUCUACACAUUAUAUUCUAUUGAAACUACAUUCAGAGACUACAAGACUUUCUGUAUAUAUGUUGUUCCAAAUGACAAUUGUAACAUGGUGCAUUUCUUUUUCCAAGUUUGCAGCAGUUUUUUACCAAUGAAUGCAAGUCUCAUAUUCCUUUACUCCUUUUAGCUCUGGUUUUGUCUCCAUCAACAGAAGAAACUUAGUCUUUCUGCAGAAGAACCAAAACAAUUGGCUAAAAGAGGGUAAACGCUACAUAGAGUUUGGUGUUGAUUUUCAUUAGGUUCAGCAGGUCACUAGUAGCAACCCAUUUCUACUAAUGCCUUUGCUGGUAAUGUUGUCAGUGUUGAAAAAUAUCGCUUAGCUUUAAAAGGUAUACUUCUGGAUUUUUUUAUGCAAUAGCGCACUCAAACCCUACCGUUUUCACCCAGCUGCACUGUUGAUGUUUUGCAACUCAUUUCAUAAUUUCCUAAUUCCUCAUUUUUUUAGCAUGUUGGAACAACAGGAAGACCAAACCACGUAUGUGCAAAAAGUGUAUAAAUGUUAGUAAAAAAACUAUCGCCUCUUUUGUGUAGUUUUAAUUGUAAAAUAUUUUUAAAUAUGUUAAGAGAACCAGAAGGAAAUAAUGUGAGGCCAUAGUAAUAGAAGCCUGUGUCUACUAUAAUAUAAUCCUGUUAAUACUUGUAUCGGUACAUUUAGAGGUAAUUUUUUUUAUCACGUCUAAGACUUGCUGUUCUAUAUGUUUCAUAAGAAAUUUGCAAACAGCUAUUUCAGGCUGGAAGUACACAGAACAUCAGAGAAUAAAACAACAGAAAGUGGUUUUGUGGCGCUAUGCAAUGACAAUUAUCUUUUGUUUUUCCAGGAUUGUCUUACAAUGUCAAAUUUUGCUACAAACAGAUCAAUAUUACUAGAAAUAGAAAAACAAACUUCAGUUUUCUUUCCUCAUGUAAAUCCAGCCUUACAGUGACUUCUUCAGGGAUUGCAUGUAAAUUUAUGGCUCAUGAGAUGUAUGAGAGAUUGUAUUCAAAUGGAAAUUUAAAAUGUUAUUUACAUUUUGUCCUUAAUCUAUGUUUGCAUGAAUGGAUAAAAUCCCCUCCAGUAAGGUGAUAAAUAAAAACAAACCACAUUGUC